CAUUUCAAUAUUUGCAAAAGCCCCGAUUAAUUUGGAAGGUUUAUUUUGCGCAGACUUCACCCCUUUGAGAAACAAAUCAAAUAGUAAAAGAAUAUUAAGCGCUGCAGGAUCAUGUAAAGCGAGGUUUAAAGGGCUGAGAGAGAUAUACUGGUCUGUCACCGCGGAUACAUUGUCACCAGCGGCUACAUUGCAGAGUUUCCAGCCGAUGGAAACGAAACCGUGCUGAUUUUUCUGCCAAAAUCCGAACAAUGCUGUGCAAACUUCUCCAGUGUUCUUGCAACCUGGGGAUGGAUUGGUGUUGAUCGCCGGGUGUUGCUUACCUACCUACCUGUCUUAUCUCCCCCUUGGGUGACGGAUCCGAAUCGGUUUCAACGAGAAAACUGCAUGCCAACAUCUCCUGGACGUUAAUAGAAAGGACGGCGGAGCAAAAGGGGGGGUUUAAAAAGGGAUUAAAAAAAAGACUAGGGGAAAAAAAUGUCAACCCCCACCAGGUACAAGAAGGAUAAAGAGAUUGUAACCGAAUAUGAGACACAAGUGAAAGAAAUCCGGGCGCAGUUAGUGGAGCAGCUGAAAUGCCUGGAGCAACAGACGGAGAUGCGGGUUCAACUCCUCCAGGACCUCCAGGAUUUUUUCCGCAAGAAGUCGGAGAUUGAAAUGGAGUAUUCCCGGAAUUUGGAGAAGCUGGCUGAGCGCUUCAUGGCGAAAACACGCAGCACUAAAGACCAUCAACAGUACAAGAAGGACCAGAAUCUUCUGUCCCCAGUAAACUGCUGGUACCUACUACUGAAUCAAGUGAGGAGAGAGAGCAAGGACCACGCAACCUUGAGCGACAUCUAUCUCAACAACGUCAUCAUGCGUUUUAUGCAGAUAAGUGACGACUGCACAAGGCUUUUCAAAAAGAGCAAGGAGAUUGGGUUUCAACUGCACGAGGAUUUAAUGAAGGUUCUCAACGAGCUGUACACGGUAAGAAAAACUCUGAUACACACAGAGUCUCUUGCCCAGAAGGGAGAAAUGGGGAGGGAGGGAGAGAAGGGGGAAGAGGGACGGGAGGGUGGGAGAGACCCCCCCCCCCGUAUGCGUCUGGAGGAGAAGCACCAGCGAAGGAGCUCCGUGAAGAAGAUGGAGAAAAUGAAGGAGAAGCGCCAAGCCAAAUACUCUGAGAACAAGCUCAAGUCCAUCAAAGCACGAAAUGAAUAUCUGUUAACGUUGGAAGCAAGCAACAACUCAGUAUUCAAAUACUACAUCCAUGACCUGGCGGAUGUAAUCGAUUGCUGUGACCUGGGCUAUCAUGCUAGCUUAAACAGAGCCUUGAGGACGUUUCUCUCUGCAGAAUACAACCUGGAGACCUCCAGGCAUGAGGGUCUGGAUAUCAUUGAGAACGCGGUGGACAGCUUGGACCCUCGUAGCGACAAGCAGCGGUUUAUGGAAACGUAUCACACCGCUUUCUGCCCGCCAGUCAGAUUUGACUUCCAGCCACACAUGGGAGACGAGGUGUGCCAGGUUAGUGCUCAGCAACCUGUGCAGGCAGAACUGAUGUUGCGGUACCAACAGCUACAAUCCAGACUGACCACACUGAAGAUUGAGAACGAGGAGGUUAAGAAGACAAUGGAGGCCACCUUGCAGACGAUACAAGACAUGGUGACCAUUGAGGAUUACGACGUGUCUGAGUGCUUCCAGCACAGUCGCUCGACAGAGUCUGUCAAGUCCACCGUGUCUGAGACCUACAUGAGCAAACCGAGCAUCGCAAAGAGACGAGCAAACCAACAGGAGACGGAGCAGUUCUACUUCAUGAAGUUUAAAGAAUACCUGGAAGGCAGCAAUCUCAUCAUGAAGCUACAAGCCAAGCACGACCUGCUUCACCACACCCUGGGAGAAGGUCAGAAAAGUGACUUCAUCACCACAAGGCCUCCAAAUGUUCCCCCUAAACCUCAGAAAGCCCGGAAGACCAGGCCUCGCUCAGAGUAUAAUGCUAAGUUGUUUAAUGGGGACUUGGAAACAUUCGUCAAGGACUCUGGACAAGCAAUUCCCAUCAUUGUGGAAAGUUGCAUCCGCUUUAUCAACCUGUACGGACUUCAACACCAGGGGAUCUUUCGGGUGCCAGGCGCGCAGGCUGAAGUCAACGAUAUCAAAAACUCGUUUGAGCGAGGUGAGGACCCUCUGGCAGAUGGGCAGGAAAACCACGAUAUCAACUCAGUGGCAGGAGUUCUGAAGCUGUAUUUCAGAGGACUGGAGAACCCACUCUUUCCUAAGGAACGUUUUAAUGAACUUCUCCCUUGUGUCCGAAUUGAGAAUCUGUAUGAGAGAGCUCUCCAACUCCGCAAGAACCUGCUCACACUGCCGCACUCCGUCAUAGUGGUGAUGAGAUACCUCUUCUCCUUUCUGAAUCACCUCUCGCAGUUCAACGAUGAGAACAUGAUGGACCCCUACAACCUGGCCAUCUGCUUUGGCCCGACGCUGAUGCCCGUCCCCGAGAACCAGGACCAGGUCUCCUGCCAACCCCACGUCAACGAGUUGAUUAAGACCAUCAUCAUCCACAACGAGCUCAUCUUCCCAGACUCCAAGGACCUGGAUGGCCCCGUCUAUGAGAAGUGCAUGUCUGGUGAAGACUAUUGUGGGAGUCCAUACAGUGACCACGGGACAUUGGAGGAGGUUGAUCUGGACACAUGUGUCGAGACCCACACCAGUGAAGAUGAAGGUGAACCCAUCGAAGCAAUAGCCAAGUUCGACUACGCAGGAAGAUCAGCGCGAGAGUUGUCGUUUAAGAAAGGGGCUUCUCUGCUGCUGUAUCACAGAGCAUCUGAGGACUGGUGGGAGGGGAGGCAUAAUGGAGUCGACGGCCUUGUACCCCAUCAGUACAUAGUCGUGCAAGACAUGGACGACACCUUCUCUGACACGCUGAGCCAGAAAGCCAACAGCGAGGCCAGUAGUGGGGCGGCAACGGAAGACAAGUUGUCCAUGAAGAACGACGUCACCUCUCCCAUUGAUCGCUGCAUUCCCGAUGUUUACACAGCAAGGCAGAAGAAGCGGUCGGAGCUGCCUGCCAGCCGCCGGCCGUUGCGAGCAAGCGAAGGGCAUUGCACGGUGCACCCGAUGCACGGCUUAGUAAGUAGCUCAGGGGAGAGUGGCCCUCCGAUCACACCGUCCCAUGCCACCGCCCGCCUUUUCCUGCAGAGCCGCAGCGUUACAGUUGACAGCCCAGAGCGCCGCCUUCGAGGGGGUCUCCCCAACAUUAGCCGCCACGAGGGUGUCAGAAAGAUUGAGAGCCCGCCAAUCCGAAGGUCUACGUCCUCGGGUCAAUACUCCAGCUUCAGUGAGCAUAAACCUCUGGACCCCAAGGCAAUCGCUCAGCAGGACAUCGAGGAGACGAUGAACACGGCUCUGAACGAGCUGCGCGAGCUGGAGAGACAGAGCACGGCCAAGCACGCCCCCGACGUGGUGCUGGACACACUGGAGCAGAAGAAGAUGGCCCUGGGGCUGGACGCUAGGAGCCCGCUCCACACCACGGCCGGACCCAAGGGCACCGAGCCCGUCAUCCGGCGGAGCACCAGCUCCUCCAGUGACCCCGUCAGCUCCUUCAAGCCCGUGCUCUCGCCUCGGAUGGGCGUGCAGCUGAAGCCCCCCGCCCUCAGGCCCAAACCUGUGGUCCUGCCCAAGACCAAUCCCAGCGUGGGACCUCCGCCUACGGUUCAGACCUCUACGGACAAAUCCUGCACCAUGUAACAAACGUUGGGGCCGAUACUGAUGUCCUUCUGUGGAUCAACGACGCUGGCCUAGAUAACGCCAGGAAUAUUGAUAUUUUAAUGUUUAUAACUGGAGAUGUAUUCUUUCAGUGUUAGAAUAUAUGUCUUGGUAGUAACUUAACAGGGCAUUUGAAUUCCAUCUCAAACUGGACUGUUUCAAGGUGCAACUUAACACUGACGUUAACAAGACUUGAAUCUUAUGCUGCAACAGUUGACUUCUUCUUUUAAACGGAAUGGUUAAAAGGAGAGAGAAAAACAAUGUAAAAUAAAGACCCCAACUCGUCAGGCUGAUUACUUAAAUGCAGAGGGGAAUGGAUUGUGGACUGAGAGUUCCCCUUUGCUGAGAAUUGAUGGGAAACAUCCAUCGUUCGA